CUUUUCUCACCCGACUUUCCUGGUCACCUACCUUCCCUGGAAAGGUCCUUUCCUGGUCACCUACCUUCUCUGUUAGAUCCGUUCCUGAUCCUUUCCUGGUCACCCACCUUCCCUGCGAGAUCCUUUCCUGGUGACCCACCUUCCCUGCGAGAUCCUUUCCUGGUCACCCACCUUCCCUGCGAGAUCCUUUCCUGGUGACCCACCUUCCUUGUGAGAUCCUUUCCUGGUGACCCACCUUCCCUGCGGGAUCCUUUCCUGGUGACC